GACUCGCGCGUGAGCUUGCAGAUGAUCGCGCAGCAGCCGACGCAGUGCAUAUUGUGGAUAUCUGUCAACGUUAAUCACCAAUGCGUUUUGUCGGGGUAACCGGAAACUAGAAAGGCUUGAUUUCACUGCUGAGUCCCUUUAACGUGGGGAUCAUCUUGCCGGACUUCCCUUGUGGCGGUGGUCACGCCAUGCGUUUGCCGAGCGUCAAUCGGCUGCUGCAGAUCUCCGGUUUGACCGGACUGGGUCUGGUGGGCAGCACCUUCUGGUUCAAGAACUACCUGGCCAGCAAGAUGACCGAGUUGGAGUACUACAAGGUGGCCAUGUCCACGCUCCAGGGAAACGCCGCGGCCAUGAGACUUCUGGGCGAACCGCUCAAGGAACGUCGCAUCGACAUCAGCGACACGGAUGGUACCAAAACGAGACCGCAUCGAGCUCAUAUGAAAGUUCCAGUCCAGGGCUCCAAGCAGCGAGGCGAGCUCUACCUGUGGGCCGAACGACAUGCGCUUGAUGUGCCGUGGGAGUUGCUCCGGCUUGAACUUGGCUUGGAAGCACACAAGGACAAGCGGCUUCUAGUCUACUACAAUCCAAAGUAUGCCAAGGACUACGUGAAAGACUUUGACGUUGACGUGAUGCCUGUGGCCGCUUCGGACGAGUCUAGCAAACCGUGUAGUGCGUCCUCAAGCUAACCCAUGUGUGGUGAUCCAUCUAGGCUGUUGUGUGGUCAUCUGUCUAGGCUCAUAUUGACUUAGUGAUGAAUUGUCUGGGCUUGUA